AUGCCGCAAUACAAUGGGGACAACGACCCCUACGAUUACCUGGAUGCGUACAACGUGCAAAUGGAUUUGCAGGCAACCAUCUCGCUGGUUAAAUGUCGCAUCUUCUCGGCAAUCUUGGGUGGCAUUCCCUGGGCUUGGUUCAAGAGUCUCCCUCCACGCAGCAUCAACAGUUGGGAAGGGUGCCAGCAAAGGUUCCUCAACCAAUACAGGGCUUUGAGGAGGCAGCUCGCACCGCCUUGUCACCUUGCCACGGUAUUCCAGAAAGCAAACGAGCCGCUAAGGGAUUACAUCGCUAGGUUCAGACGCGAGAUGAGCAAUGUCGAGGAUCCCUCCGAUGAAAGUAUCCUGACGACGAUCUCCGCCGGCCUCCGAAAAGACGGAAAGCUCUAUGAGAGAAUCUACAGGACCCCGAUUAAAGACCUGGGGGAAUUCUAUGAACGAGCUUCCAAUGAGAUCCGAUGGGAAGAUGCCUUCGGGUCAAAGAAACCCGUUGGGUCGAGAGAAGAAGCUGGGGGCUCCAACCAGAAUAAGAGAAGGCAUAACGGAGACGCUGGAAGGGAAGCUUGGGGGGAGCACUCAAAGAAUGAAGUGUUCAAGCGAGCUCAAAAGGCGGAAGGAGAUGAGUGA